AGAGGGGAGGGGGGGGGGAGGGCGCAUCUCUCCAGGAGGCGGAGGAGGUGGGGGCAGGACUGAGCCAGCCUGAGGCAGAGACAGAGACACAGAGACACAGAGACACAGAGACAGGGACUGCUAGAGAGAGCUAGCGAAGGAGACGCGAAGCGCGCGACACCGCGCCGUCAGUCCGGGGUUCUCCUAGUGGCUGGUGGAUUUACAAAGCUGGAGUCCGGGCGGGCGCCGUCCUGGCUUCCCGGGAAGUGUCUCCGUGCCCUGGUGCGCGGUGAACUGGACGUCACGGCUAUGCUCGUGGGGAGCCAUCUGGUCGCCGGACCCAGGUGCCGCCCGCGAUCAUGACUGAUGGCGAGAGAAGACAGCCCUUGCAGCCGCUGGCUAGCGACGAGGUCCGGGUGCCCAUCGCGUCGGUCCAGGCAGCCCAGCCUGGGGAGGAGGAAGAGGAGGAUGCGGCCAGCGGCAGCAAGUCUCUCCAGGGCAGCGUGGCCUCGGGGGCGUCCUCUGCCAGGGAACGGGAGCUGGAGCGUGAGCGCGCGCCGGAGCCAGCGCCGGAACCGGUGCGGGAGCCGGAGCCAGCGACCGAGCCCGAACAAGAGCCGGAGCCGGAGCUGGGCGCAGCAGACGAGGAGCAAGUCCCCUACCCGGCUCUGGCAGCCACCGUCUUCUUCUGCCUCAAGCAGACUUCGCGGCCGCGGAGCUGGUGCCUCAGACUGGUCUGUAACCCAUAUCCUUUCCUCCUAGUCCUUAUGCCCCCUUCGGGCUACUACUACAGAAAGAGGGGCGCACAGGGCUCGUGCUGCCUGGCGCAAAGUGGCCACGGCAUCUGAGAGGGAAGGACUGGAGAUGGGAUCCCCUGCCCUCCUUUGGGGAAUGCUCCAGGGACGUAGCUGACUCCCGACCCUCCCUGCCCCUGCCCUGCCAUGCCACUAAAAUUCCUUGUUCCUUCCAGGAUUUCGCAUUUCGGGAGGGACGGGCAGGCUUUGGGAGGUGCUUGGGAACCGGUGCAGUUGUGUGCUUUUUGUAUGUAUCAGAGAAGGUGGCCAUUGGCCUGAGGAACCCACCUGCCAGGGGAGCUUGGGAAAAUUUGGUGUUUCUGAAUGAUUGAGGUAGACUUGGGCCAGUUAGUUAGACUUUGCUGUUUCUCAGCAUCACGUUGCUCUGCUUGAGUUGUUAGAGACCUUGACUCCCUGGAGUAAUGUUGGAGAAGCCUGGUCCCUUGAUGCCCCUUUCUAUGCUGAAGUGAUUUGAAUGGCAGAGCAUUUAUAACUCCAUUCCAUAGGGGAGCUACUGCAAAUGCAUAAUGGCAGUGGUGAUCUCCUUAGUCUUCAAAAAGCGUUAGACUAUUCAAGUAGGAAAAGGAGAGUUUAGUUGCUGUGGUUUCUUUCCACUUCACGCCUCUCUCUUAUUAGGAAACUAGAGAAAAGUGUGUCUUAUUCUAGAGGAUGGGUGGGGGAAAAAUGACGGUUCACCUGUGCAUGAUCAGGAAUCAAUGGAAUGAACGUCUUUAAUACUUACUUGGAUGUCUUCAAAGUCCUUGGAGAAGGAGGAGAAGAAAGAGCAAACCACACAACAGGAUUGGAAGGGGGAGGGGGGGCGGGAGAAGCAUUUAUUUUAAAGAGUACAAAGGGAGGCAGGACUCUCUCAUAAACAUGUAACCGGUUUCUAAGGGGAACUUGCCUGUUUUAUUUUGCAACAAAGAUGGCUCUUUGGCGGAUGGAUGAAAUAGGCUGUGAACCUGUUGUGGUCCAAAUUGAAAAUGCUUAGGACUAAUUCCUGAUUCACAGGGGAACAGAAGAAGACCUCUCAUUUUCCUUUCCCAUCUCCCUAGCUAAUUUUCUCACCAACCAAAGAGAAAUGUUCUUCUUUUCCAGUAGUUGUGACAAGUAGAAAAAUUGAAUUUCAGAGAAAAUGUGAAAAAAAGUGGCAUAUAGAAUUAUCUGUCAUGAUGACCAGGGGAUCUUAAGUCAAGUUUUCCAAAGCUCCAAGCUCUGGCAUAUUAUUUGUUAAUUAUGGAGUGAGAGCGGGGACUGGGACUUUGUGAAGGCAAUAUAGAUUGAACAUCAGCCUGCUCCACUGUACAUGCUGUGGAUUCCCUGGGCAGUGAACAGCAGUUGCCAGGCUCAGUGGAUAUUCCCAGUAUCAGUUCAGACACCCCCACCCCCACUUUUGCAGCCUUGCAUUUCUGAGGCCUGGGUUUAUUCAGGCAGCUGUGCCAUCGUGGUUGCUAGGGGCGUUGGACGUCUCUCAGUUUUUAGUUUGCAGAAAGCUGGAGUGAUUUGGUGUUAAGAGCUGCAAGGCUGGGGUGAAAAAGCCAUCCAUGUUUUCCACACUAACUUUGUCUGUCAAAGUUAGGAAGGCAAGAAGACAUAAGGAUGAGCAAUGUUUGUUUACAUUUUCCUCAACCUUGUGCAUUUUGCUGUAUAAAUAUUAAAUAUAGAUGAGGAAUCAGAGCUCCAAAAAGUAAUAAAAACUAAUGUUUCUCUUUCCUAAAAUCCAAACAUUGAGUGAACUGGAUUCCCUUGGACCCCUCUAAACCAGCUUAUCAAAAUUGAAGAGGAUGAAUUGUUAAGAUCGGGGUAAGGGGCUACUAAUGACAUAUUAUGUAAGAAGGGCAUAGGGGAGGGGUGUGUGUGUGUGUGUGUGUGUGUAACAUAUCUUAAGGGACAUAGGUAUCUAGAGUCUCAAGUGAAUGUGUGUAAAAUGGAGUUUUCUGUGAAUGAAACUUUGCAACCAUUCCCUCUUCCCCUGCCUGAGACACACAUAUAGGACCCUCUUUGAGAAGAGAUGCUUCCCCAUCAGGCUUCUAUGUCAUUGGAAACGAAAAUGGUUCAAGUCACAAUGUUUGACAAUUAAGGGAUAAAAAGGUCUAGGUCCCUAAACCAGCAGAUCAAUGUAGUAGUUGGGAUUAGUCUUUCAGUUGAUGGAAUGAGAUCAGGACCAACAUUUAAUAAAUGUCUCCUACUCAUUUUCUUUCAUUUGAAGGUAUUUGUAAAAAACUAAAGUAAUCAUAAGACUAGCUUGUGUCCUGGUGUUUCUCUCUCUCUCUCUCUCUCUCUCUCUCUCUCUCUCUCUCUCUCUCUCUCUCUCUCUCUCUCUCUCUCUCCAGUCCAAGUUUCUGGCAGUUCUUUUUGUAUGUGUGGGUUUGUUUUGUUUGUUCGGUUACAUCAAUCUUUGCAUCUGAAUUUUAGUUUUCUGAAAGCUAGCCAGAGGAAAAACAUUGUUUGGGGACUGAGUUAGAGAUUCUAGCUAGGUUUUUUUUUAAAUAUAGGAAGUGGAAACAAUACAAAGAAUAUUUCCUUGUACUUAGGUAGGAGGAAGGGAAGGAGAAGGAAAGAAGAAGAAAAA